AUGGACGGUCGCAAUCAAGUGCGUAGAGUCAUUCGUCGUUGCAUCAGAUGUGCACGUUUUCGUUCCGAGAACCCGAAAUAUAAAAUGGCAGAUUUGCUAAAGGCAAGACUCGAUAACGUAGCUCCGUUUUAUCACACGGGCGUCGAUUAUUUUGGCCCAAUUUUCGUCAAGGAGAAAAAGCAUCGUAAUCGCAGUAGCAUCAAGGUCUACGGUUGUAUAUUCAUAUGCAUGUCAACCAAGGCUAUUCAUAUCGAAAUCGUAACCAAUUUAUCAACAGAUGCUUUUAUAGCAUCUCUGAAAAGAUUCGUCAGUCGUCGAGGUGUUCCGGCGCAUAUUUACUCAGAUAAUGGAACCAAUUUCAUAGGCGCGAAAAAUCAUGUCCGCGAACUUUACGCCCUAAUAAGAUCCGAGGAAUUUUGUACUCAAUUGCAUGAGUUUACCUUAGAAAACAAAAUCGAAUGGCAUUUUAAUCCACCGAAUUCGCCACAUUUCGGCGGCCUCUGGGAGGCCGCUGUGAAGUCGAGCAAGCACCAUUUAAAACGAGUAAUGCGCGAUCUCUUGUUUACAUACGUAGAAUUGAACACCCUAGCGGUAGAAAUCGAAGCAAUUUUGAAUUCGAGACCUUUAUGUCCUCUUUCUAUUGAUCCAAACGAUCCAAUCGCAUUAACGCCUGCACAUUUGCUUAUUGGCAGACCUUUCACAAUGCUGCCAAAAACUGAUUUCUCUUGUGUUGCAGAUAAUCGCUUAUCAUUAUGGCAAUUGAUUACAAAGAUUCGACAAGAAUUUUGGCGACGAUGGCAAUUAGAAUAUUUAACGGAAUUACAGAAACGACAAAAAUGGAUUAAAAAGGAUGUUAAUCUGAAACUGAACUCUAUUGUCUUACUAAUUGACAAAAAUCAUCCUUGUAUGCAGUGGAGGCUGGGAGGGGUGGUCGAGUUACAUCCAGGGGACGACGGCGUGGUCAGAGUGGUCACGAUUAAAACCAUACACGGAACAUCUAAAAGAAAUGCGACUUCUCUCUGUCCGUUACCUACGGACGCCUAA